AUGAAAAAAACAGAAGGUGGAGAUAUGACGAAAGCGCCGUCUCUGCACAUUCAGCUGCUCGAACUAGAGACCUCUGGGUUAGUCUUUCGCUUUCAGUUACCAUCAUCGCUUGCUUACAAACAUCUUCACUUUUAUUCUUAUGGGCUCAUGAAAGAGCGCAUUUCAAAGACGAUUCUUAUGACCUUUGGAACUGCAUCUCCAAACGUCUUGUCGCGUUUGCGAGAGUACAUAAUCGCAACGAAGAGUGACAUAGCGUCGGACUUGGAAGUUGACGACUCGACGUUCGACGUGUUAGUUACGGAGUGCUUCUUGUCUGGCGGAAAGGCACUUAAAUUUGGGGAGGACGUGGUGGACUUGAUGUUCUCCAUUGGACUCAAGAAAUAUGUUUCCGACGUGAAGAACAAAAAGGCGAGGAGUUACAAAAACCAAUAUCUUGAACAGAUGGGAAACGACGCGGUUCCUGUCAGCUGUUUCUAA